AUGACACGCAUUGUCCUAUUCGAACUGUCGGGCGGCAUUUUGCCUGUGACAGCGGCGGUAGAGGAUGCUCCGGACUUGUCCUUGCUAGCCGUGUACUUUGUUUCCACAAAUUCCGAUGACAGUUUGAUUGCCACCACAAAUUUCCCCUGUGCAAUUCCACUCCCAAGCAUGAGCAGCCUCACGACUGCCAUGAUUUCGGAUGCUUUGCGCCAACAUACACAAGCGACCGGAGUGUUUGUUUUUGCUGCAAGUGAAGUAAAGAAUGCUCAGUUGGCCAAAGUCGUCCAGGUUGUCAGUGCAGCCCUGCAAACGGACCUGCCAGUAAAUUUCCUGAUAGGCCAGCUGUCGCAGGCCCAAGCUUGCACUUUGAGGGAGCAUUUGCCACAUGUGCUUUCGUGCGAGUUACCUCCCAUGCCUCCGAUGUCUCCCCAUCGUUUUUGGUGUUUCAAUUCUGAAGCUUCUCACACCUGUGGACCACCGACAACAGUGUCUGCCACAGGCUGUUUGUGUCCUGGAUGGACUGUGACAAACCUUGGGCAAGCGCGAUGCUGGCCCUGGGGUGCACUCUGGUCGCCUGACUCUCUCACUUGCUUGACCACAGGCCGCAAGCGCGGCCCCAUUGCGCAAGAGCUUGAGUUGAUGUUGGGUUACCAAGCUGGCCAUACGGCCCCCUUGCUCCAAGCUAGAUUCGCCGAAAAUCGGGAGGAAGUCGAACGACGCAGAGCGGCAGCUUUGUCCCGCUCCUGGCCUCCGUGCGGUGUCACAGCCAUUUUGCCGUUUUUGACCAAUACGGCGUCGCACUCUGGCCGCGGAGCAACGUUGCCUACCUGUCUGCCAAAACCCGCCCUGCAAGUGGGCCCGGCUUGCGCACAAGUCUUACAUCACUUACGUAGUCGUUGUCCUUACCUGAUCGAUAGGCGCAGUCGUGGGUUGGCCACCGUUGACCUCGGGCCAGACUGGCCAGACCAGCAUGCGUGCGCGGCAAAUUUCAGCCAAACCAAACGAGACGGGUUUGCCGUGAGUGCACGUCGGUUGCUGCCAUUUGGACUGCCGCCCACAACGCAUGUAUUGUUAGCUGAAGCUUUGAGCUCACCGCUGGCUCAGCCACUGACAGUGGCCGACGACUUAGACUUUGCCAUUCGAGUUGUGGUGGCUGAAGGAACAGGGAUUCGUGCUUGGAGACAACAGCAGUGGCGAACGUUGUGCAAUCAACUUCGCCAGCUGGAGCCCCUUGUUCGGUUUUUCGAAGCCCACCGAUCUGCAUCUUCUCAGAGAGUCAGUGCACACUUGAACCUUGCGCACAUAGAGGCACUCGGCCACAGCGUUUGUUGGCCUGAUCAUGAUGUUGCCUUUGCGUUAUGUCAGGGUGUGCGCAUUGUAGGUGACUUACCCACAUUCGGCAUCUACCGAACUGCGCAUGCUGACGCUUCUAGCAGCUCUUGCUUUGACAGUCAGCGCAACCAUGAGUGGCUACAACAAGUCCUCACCAUGCCUGCCCCGCCACCACCAGAGGCACAAGUGGUGUGGGACAAAUCCGAGGCAGAAAGACAGCUUGGCAUCCUCGAAGGCUGGUUCUCCGCCUCCGACCUGCACAACCAGUUUGGUGCCCACCAGUGGCGCCCAAUGGUGCGCUUUGCAGCCUGGCAAGCAAACCACAAUGCAUACCGAUGUAUUGACAAUGCCAAAACCAGUGAGCAUAACCUCUGCACAGGUGUGGAAGAGCGCAUCCACACCACAUCCAUAGAUAUGGGUGUGGCCAUCGCCCAACGGUUUCGUGCUUUGCUUGGAAGCCCGCUAGCUGAUGACUUGGCCCUGCAAGCAGCGACCAAGGACAUGAAACGGGCUUACCGCCAAGUGCCUGUGUCUGAAGCUCACCUUCGUUUCAGUGUGGUUGCAGUGUGGCACCCAACCCAGGGCACAUGGGUUUUUGGAAUUCUCCAUGGUUUGGCCUUUGGCCUUUUGGCCGCAGUGCUGCAGUUUAAUAGGUUCCCUGCUUUGAUAGUCGCCGUGGCUCGCAGAUGGCUUGCCAUCCCAGUCAUUAAUUUUUUUGAUGAUUUCAAGAUCACCGAACCAGUGUUUGCCAAGGCCUCUGGAGGACUCUAUUUCGAUAAGUUAGUUUCAGUCAUGGGUUGGCUCUUCGACCCUGACAAAGACAAGCCUUUCCAUUCAACUGCAAAGUUUUUGGGGGGGCUCGAAACUUUCCUUCCCAACGAAGUGCGCCUUCGACCGACCCCAGAACGCGAAAGCCACAUCACCCUGAGUCUCCUUUUGUAG